AUGUGGAAACAAGUUGCCGCGGCUGUCUCGCUCUUAGCUGCAGGGCGCCUAACUCUGGCCCAGCGAUCCGGUAACGAGUCAAUCUGCGACUACUAUGCCACUCAGCGGUAUGGCGAGAAUAAUAGUACCACCCAGCUGCUUCUCGUACAGAGCAUCGUCACUCUUGCCUACGCUGGGGGUGCUGGCCUUCCGAAUCCCCCAGACGAUAGCUCCGGCAUUUUCAACAAAGCGCGCUUCAAGGGGUUAGAUGUAUAUCUUCGGCCUUGGUUUGAUGGUUCAAAAGCGACAACGAAUCUGAACAAUCAGCCGGUGGGAAUCAACUGCCGUCUAUUCACCCAUUGGUUCACGGCAUUUGGCUUCAUCUACGGCUGCAGCUUCGCACCGAAAUUCCCACGAACGGCUGACAGCGGCGGUCCUCUCUCCGCCGCCUACGUCCACAAAUUCAUGAACCUGAACCAGACGGACAUUGGAUACUUCAUCGAGCAACUCACCGUGGCCAGUAAAUACUUUGGCUUCUCAGACGACGACGCACAGACGCUGGAUACUUUUAUGAACGCAAGGUACAACGUGCGGUGCGCGCCUCCUGUCAAUGGCCAGCUCUAUUCCAUUUGCUCCGCAGAUGAGUGUCCGCUUGCACAGCCUCAGCCCGACUGCGAUGCGUACAAGGACCUUUCGCCGGGUGGGACGAACAAUGUUACCGUCGUGACAACUACGAUAGCUCCGACAUUGGCAACGCAAACCUCAGCGACGGCUACAACUUCCUCUACGACCACGGCGGAAAGCGCAAGUUCCAACUCCAAUUCUGUCGUCCUGUCUAAUGGAGCAAUAGCAGGCAUCGCAAUCGGCGGCGCAGCCGUUUUGCUCCUGGCCCUCGGCUUGAUACUGUACUACCGCCGCCAAUCGAAGAGACCUCAGAUCGUGCCUGUGCCCGUGUCAUCUGGUGGCUAUGGCUCUCCUACCUAUCCUGCUCACACACAUUACAGCACAAAUCCACAUACAAGCAUGGCAUCUACUUCAGUCCCGCAGGAGCCGUAUAUGGCAGCGCAUAACAGCGUGCCAGGGUUCUGGGCACCGCCCAAACCCCAGGAGAUGGGGCAGAGCAUUCACGGGACUGUGAUGGCAAGACCGGUAUCGAUGUCACCGCCGUUGGCCGAGUUGGCUGAGAUGGAGAGUCCUUGA